AUGCCACACCAGUUUGGUUUGCCCACGAUGGCGCAUGGAAUGCAAUCUCCUCCUUCGCCGACUUCGGUCAUGUCUGUUUAUCCUCGAUUCGGAUCUGGCGUCUACAGACCGGAUCAUCAAGAUCAAAGGUUGACACGCGAAGCAAUGGAACGUUAUUUGCGCGAUCGAAGCGACAUGGUGAUCGUAAUUCUUCACGCAAAGGUUGCGCAAAAGUCGUACGGUAACGAGAAACGUUUCUUCUGUCCUCCACCGUGUAUCUACUUGUUCGGAGACGGCUGGAGAAUGCGUCAGGAGCAGAUGCUCCGCGAGGGAGAGAGCGAGCAGUCCGCUCAGCUUUGCGCGUUCAUCGGAAUCGGUAAUUCUGACCAAGACAUGCAACAAUUGGAUUUGAACAACGGGAAACAGUAUUGCGCGGCAAAGACCCUCUAUAUCUCGGAUUCGGACAAGAGGAAGCACUUCAUGCUUUCGGUGAAGAUGUUUUAUGGCAGCGGACAUGACAUCGGCGUGUUUCACAGUAAAAGGAUCAAAGUGAUCUCGAAGCCGUCGAAGAAGAAACAAUCGUUGAAGAACGCAGACUUGUGUAUCGCGAGCGGAACGAAAGUUGCGCUCUUCAAUCGGUUACGAUCUCAAACAGUAAGCACACGUUACCUUCACGUGGAGAAUGGAAAUUUUCAUGCUAGCUCCACUCAGUGGGGUGCUUUCACGAUACAUUUGUUGGAUGACAACGAGAGCGAGUCGGAAGAAUUUCAAGUGCGAGACGGGUACGUGCACUACGGGAGUACAGUGAAACUGGUAUGUUCCGUAACAGGAAUGGCGCUUCCGCGUUUAGUAAUUCGGAAGGUGGACAAGCAAAUGGCCAGCUUGGAGGCGGACGAUCCUGUCUCGCAGCUGCAUAAAUGUGCGUUCUACAUGAAAGAUACGGACCACAUGUAUCUCUGUUUGUCUCAAGAACGUAUAAUACAGUUUCAAGCGACACCGUGUCCGAAAGAGGCGAACAAAGAGAUGAUAAACGACGGUGCUUGCUGGACAAUAAUCAGCACCGAUAAAGCAGAGUACCAAUUCUUCGAAGGCAUGGGCCCGGUUCGAUCACCGGUCACACCGGUACCGCUGGUCCAUAGCUUGCACUUGAACGGAGGUGGAGACGUGGCGAUGUUGGAAUUAACGGGGGACAAUUUUACGCCGAAUCUUCAGGUAUGGUUCGGCGACGUGGAGGCAGAGACGAUGUACAGAUGUCAAGAGAGCAUGCUUUGCGUGGUACCCGACAUAUCGCAGUUCAGGGGUGAAUGGCUAUGGGUGAGGCAACCGACACAGGUACCAGUCUCGUUGGUUCGCAACGAUGGUAUCAUCUACGCGACAGGAUUGACCUUCACCUAUACCCCAGAGCCGGGCCCUCGGCCUCACUGCCCUCCCGCAGACGAAAUCAUGAGAGCGCCCCGUGCGAUGCACAAUCAGGCUAGCAUGCCACCCGCGAUCGCGGACGUACCUUGGAACACUCAUCAACCUCCGCAAUCGGGCCUCUGAUCUUUUCCACACAAUUACAGUGCGAACCAAAGUUUACCAGCUAGUGAGACGAACGCUAUUUCCAAGAACGUUCCCGUUCAUUCCAGUGACGAUGCCAGUUCACCAGCUACCAUCUACUCGGUGAAGGACCUGUUGUUACGAGUCGAUGCCGCAACAGCUAGUUUAGACAAUACGAAGAACACGUAGCGACCGUUUCUUUUCGUUGCGUUGCAUUGCAUUGCCUCGCGCCUCGCCUCUCGACGUGUCCCUCCGCGGGUCUCUCUGUACAGUGUGCCGUGAAUCGUUUUCCUAUGUUCAUAAAUACGUAGGUUCCUAGCUUUAAGUGUUAAUACAGAAUUACACAGGGAUUAGAAUUUAUAGCGACAUUAGGACUUAAGCGAGCUUUUUACGAAUGUGAAUAUCUAGCUAAUUAUCCAAUAAAACGGGGGAUGAUGCUGGGGGGCAGGAUAGGAGAAAAUUAGUUUGCUCGCGUUAAGCGAUACAACAUUAUUGCGUAUCGAUCACCGGAAAGUGGUUGUAUAUUACUUGUCGAUUAUCGGAAGAUCACCCAGUCUCGUUAUCGGAGAAAUCAUGUUUGUUCUGAAAUCGACCGAAUCGCAUCAUCAGAAAUAUCGCGAUCCACGCGAUAUAUACCAUAUAUACACGCAUAUACAUAUAGGUUCGUACGCAUAGUUUUUAGCGUGCUCUUGCUGAGACAUUUUGUACAUUUAUAUAAAGUUCUAGAAUCGACCGAUUUUUUAAAGAUACACCACACCCUUCAUUUAUCGAGAAAGACAGGUGACUCGCGAGCAUGGAGACAUUUACACCUCUCAGUUCUUUUCUCGUUCCUUUUUUCCUCUCCCUUUCCUUUCG